CGGCCACUGGGCUGUUGUGUCCCUCCACAGCACACUGACCUGCCAAUAACUCCCUCAAUUGGAGAGGGAGGUAGAAACCCGUGGACACCUGGACUACAGCACUAAUGCUUAGAUGGGCAUCUCAUUCCUGGGCAGGACAGAAGUUCCCUUGUGCCCAUUUCUUGGAUGGGAAACUGAGGCAUGGAGUGCAGGAAAACCUGCUUCUCACUGAAACCGAGGAAAAGUUGACAAGAAAAACAUGAAGGGAAAAAGGAAAAUGAAACCACCAUGGAUGAAUUCAUCCUCCUGGGGUUCACUGGGGUUUGGGAAGUCCAGGUAUUUCUCUUUGCUGUCCUCCUGGUCACCUACAUAAUGACCCUGGCUGGGAACCUCACCAUCAUCAGCAUUAUAUGGACUGACCACCGCUUCCAGACCCCCAUGUACUUCUUCCUCAGCAACCUGUCCUUCUUGGACAUCCUGUUCACCUCAGUCAUCUCCCCUAAGAUGCUUAUAAACUUCAUGAUGCAUAGCAAGACCAUCUCGUAUGGCGGCUGCAUCGCUCAGUGUUAUCUCUAUUUCCUGCUGGGGACGGUAGAGUUCAUGCUGCUGGCGGUCAUGUCUGUGGACAGGUAUGUAGCCAUCUGCUACCCUCUGCGCUACACUACUAUCAUGAACAACAAGGUCUGCUUGCUCAUGAUGCUGGGGUGCUGGGCUGGAGCUUUCUUUUCUGUUCUCACCCCAGUCAUUGAACUCUCCCGACUGCCAUUCUGCAAUGUGAAUGUCCUGGACCACUUCUUUUGUGACAUUGCUCCCCUGAUCCAAGCCUCAUGUGCCAACACGCACUUCUUUGAGAUGCUGGCCUUCAUCUCCUCCUCCAUUGUAGUGCUCAGCUCCCUAAUCCUCACAUCAGUCUCCUACAGCUACAUAAUCUCCACCAUUGUCAGCAUCCCCUCUGCCACUGGGAGAAAGAAGGCCUUUUCCACCUGUGUCUCCCACAUCAUUGUGGUCACCAUUGCCUAUGGCAGCUCCAUCUUCAUGUAUGUUCGUCCUGAGCAGAGCUACUCCCUGGACUUUGACAAGGUGGCGGCUGUGCUGACCACGGUGGUGACCCCUCUGCUCAACCCCUUCAUAUACAGCCUGAGGAACGAGAAGGUGAAAGAGGUCCUGAGGGAAUCCUGGGCCAAUUUCAAAUCUUAUUUCAAAUAACAAUCUUUUUAUCCUAUCUUGCUCCAGUUUACUGUACUCUAAGCUACUCUACUUCUUUAAACUAGUCAUGUCAGGAAGUCCUCAUCCUAAGGAGUGCAAGCAAAGCAAAAUGACAGUGUGAUUUGUAGACCUGCUAAAUAAUACUAGCUAGAACAGAUAACAGGAGCGUUGAAACCCAGAGACUAGCAACCAGGUUAUGCACUUUGGCCUUUAAAGAUUUGCCAUACCACCUGUCCAAUGCUAUAUUUGUCCAGAGUGUUGCUAGUUUAAAUUAAGAUGUGUUAUGGUAGCAUGCUUAUUGUGCUGUGUAGAAAUACCCAGCUGUUCUAUGGAUGCUGUACGAAUACAGAGCUAAAAGAUGUCCUGUGCCUUCACCAAAAGCAUACAAAUGAAGCAAAUGCAGUGUUUUAUUCUGGAAAGCCAGACACAUUUAUUUUUGAGUAUUAAAGACUAUUCAAGUCUACCUUUUUGUUUUCAAGCCUAGUUUAGUCCAAUUUAUACUAAGGGAAGUUUAAGUUAGCAAUUAGAAAAAUCUUUCUCACUAGGAGGGUAGUAAAGCACUGGAACAGGUUGCCCAGAGAGGUGGUGAAAGAUCCAUCCUUGGAGGUUUUUUUAAGACCUGGCUAAACAAAGUCUUGGCUGGGUGAUAUAGUUGGACAUGGUCCUUGCUUUGAGCUAGGAUUGGACUAGAUGAUUUCCUUAAGUCCCUUCCAACCCUAAUUUUCUAUGAUUCUAGGUUAAUAUCCAAGUUUAGGGAAGUAUUUUCUAGCAUGGGCUACUUAAAUCUAAUCUAAUCUAAUCUAAUCAUAUCCCAUUUGCUGUAGAAUAGAGAAUCCAAAUGCUUCCCAGGAGAGCAUCCUCAGGCCUAACACAAACUAGUCAUGCCUCUCCGUAUCUUGAUAAUACACCCAUCACAAGAAAUUAUGACUGCUUGUCAGUGAAGUUUUGAGCCUAAAUCUUCUAUAUAUGGUCCCCUCUCUCUCACUUACCUGUGGAGGAAGCUCCCAUGUGACUUUUUUUGUGUUCAUGUUAAGAAAUGUCUUGGUUUUAGUCUGCUUUUGUUUUACUGCUAUUGCUAGUAUAACUCUUUUGCCUUCAGUAGGAAUUAAACAAACUACACCAGAGAGUUUAACUGCAUGGGUUUCACACUCUGCUCUCUUGAUACAUAGCACAGUCCUCACUCAAUUUAUUGUGAUCAUUAUUUUAAAUAAAGACACAUGUAUGUCUAAAGGCUCUGCUUCUGGUUUCCAGGCGUUGGUGAAUAUCUGAGACUGUCUAAGAGAUCAAGUACUCAAACGAAGACA